AUGCUGGGUGCCGUCGACCCUACAUACCCUCUCUACCCCUUGGCCUGCAUUCUGGCAUCAAUGGGUGUGCUCGCCGUACUUAUUACCAGCUUCGUCCGUCAGAGCUGGAAUCGAGGUGUUGCCUUCCUAUGUUUUUGGCUUUUCCUCGAGAAUGUAGCCGGGGCCAUCGACACCAUCAUAUGGUCUGAUAACGCAACAAUCAAAUUAUUCGUAUACUGCGAUAUCGUGUCGCACUUGGGAGCAUUCAUCCACAUCGUGAAGCCAAUGUCGACAUUUAUCAUUAUGCGCCGUCUCUAUCUAAUAACGAGCCUUCUACCGGACGCCUUGCUUGGAACCACCACGGAACGUUGGAACCUGAUGGUGGAUUGGACUCUGGGUUUGCUUUUUCCCGCGCUCCUCGCCGGUCCUGUUUACUAUGUUUUCCAAGGAUCCCGAUUUGCGAUACAGGAAGGAUUUGGCUGUACACAAGCUAUAUCGGGAACAGUACCCUACUACUUGAGCGUGGAGUCUUGGACCAUCAUCCCGCCCUUGUUCUCGGUCAUCAUGUAUUAUCCGCAGGUUUUGAGAACGUUUUACCUGCACAGAAGGGAUAUCAGCCAAUUUGUGCAUACCAAUGUCUCGACAGACCGCACCAGCUAUGUGAGAAUCCUGGCCCUCGCAAGCCUAGACGUGAUACUCACAUUGCCCUUCGGCGUCGUGACUAUCGUGUUAGGAGUGAUAGCGGGGGUCAGGAAUUCCGCCUACAACAAUUAUCCACUCUAUACUGGCUGGGCUACCGUGCACAACAACUGGGAACCAGUGAGCUGGUCUUAUGCAUAUUGGAAAUCAGAAGCAGGACCUUUCAAUAUCGCGCAUGCGUACUUCAGCUACUGGACUUCUCCCAUUCUCGCGUUCGCCAUUUUUGGCCUAUUUGGCCUAACGACGGAGGCACGUGCAUCCUAUUCAGCAAUUACCCUUCCUAUCUGGAGAGCACUCUUAUGGAGUAGAAGGACGGGCGCUGAUAUUUCGAACGCCGCGCCACCAGCCAUCCGAUUUGCGGAACGGUCACUGGCCGACCUGGAGAUGGGCAUCUAUGAUGAUACGAUAGUUCCUACUCCCACGCAUAUGCCAGCAGGAGGGCGAGAGUCAACUGGGGGCACCAAGAUUCAGACAACCUCAGAAGAGUGUGGCAAGUCGGGUGUUGGGGACAGCGAAGGCGAGUGGUAUGUAAAAGGGAAGAAGCUGAAUGGGGGAGAGAGUACUGGCGAUGGGUCAGGACACUUGGCAAGCGACUCGGAGUCGCAAACGAUCCAGGUACAGUCGUCGUGGAAGACCGGAGAGUGA